GCGCGGCGCGGCCCGAGGCCGAGCGGGGCGGCGGUGCCGCCAUGGCGCCGCCCGUGGGGUACGCGCUGCUGUGCGGGCAGGCCGCGCUCCUGCUCGGGAACCUGCUGCUGCUGCACGGCCGCGGCCUCCCGGACAACGACACCGAGCCCCGGGAUCUGCCGCCGGGGCCGCCCGCCACCGCCUGGGCUUACAGCGAUCCGCGGGCGCCGCUCGUCCUGUGCACCUACCUCCCCGAUGAGUUCGUGGAGUGCGAGGAGCCGGUGGACCACGGCGGGAACGCCACGGCACAGCAGGAGCUGGGCCACGGCUGCGUGAAGUUCGGCGGGCAGGCCCACGGCGAGGUGGAUCACACGCGUGUGCAGUGCCGGGCGCUGGACGGCAUCGAGUGCGCCGAGCCGCGGAGCUUCCUGCGGGGCAGCCGGCCCUGCGUCAAGUACACGGGACACUACUUCAUCACCACCCUGCUCUACUCCUUCUUCCUGGGCUGCUUCGGCGUGGAUCGGUUCUGCCUGGGCCACACCGGCACGGCCGUGGGGAAGCUGCUGACCCUGGGGGGCCUGGGCAUCUGGUGGUUUGUGGAUCUGAUUCUGCUCAUCACCGGCGGGCUGAUGCCCAGUGAUGGCAGCAACUGGUGCACCGUGUACUGAGGAGGGGCAGGGCUGGCCCCAGCUGCAGCCCCUGGUGCCUCUGCUCGCUGCCAGCACCAGCUCAGGCUCUGCCUGGCACAACCUGGACUUACAGAACUGUAACUCAGGGUGCACAGCUGUUACUCUUGACAAUGGCUCUCUACCAACCUUGGACACAAAGGUGUCAAGUGUAUAUUUUGCUUGUUUAAAAUAAUCUGGCUUCCCACUGCAAAUAGCAGCAGCUUAAGAAAUCAGAGCUUGCAGACACAGAGGGUCAGACAAAAAAAUAAUAAAAUCUGGAAGAAGCUGA